AUGACUUUAGAUCAAGCAGUCGAAAGGUCUGAACAACUGCGAAGAAAUAGAUCUGCUGCAAAAGGCAACAUUACUAAGAAGAUUAAAGAGCUAACUGAAUUAAAAUUGAACUUACAAGAUGAAAGCGAAGCCCGAAACAAAAGACACAAACUUAAUGAUGUUGUGAAUAAAUUUUAUGUCGCCCACGAAUGUUAUCAUGAUAGAAUCAAAGACGAAUAUGAUCUCAAGGACUCCCACGAGUAUCUGCAAAUAGAAAUUAGGAGAAUCGAGAAUUUUCAGCGAACUUUAGAAGAAUGGAUUACAAGUCUUUCAACCGAACAUCGAACAUUAGAAUACGAUGUAAAGUCCGGCGACUCAGCGAGCAACAUCGCAUACAAAAAUCGAAGCAAAACAAGAAACUCUGUUGUAAGUUUGCGAAAAACCGAAGCAUCAACUCAUAGCAGUAUGGCAAAUGCUAAAGCAAAGAAGGCAGCGUUAAAAGCUGAGGCAGCUGCUUUAGAAGAGCAUCGAGCCCUGGAAGAAGAGGAGCUUCGAUUGAAACAUCAAGAGUUGGCUGAACAACAGCAUCGAGAAGAGAGACUGCGUCUUAAACAGAGAAAGCAUCAGCUACAAUUACAAAUAGAAAUUGCAAAGGCCGAAGCAGAAGAGAGAGUUUAUGCUGUGGCCGACUUGGGAGAAAAUUUUCACCACCCACCAACGCAUCCACUUGAACUGCCACAACUUCCAACUGAUGAAUAUCCACAGCCUUCACGCAUUAGUAACAAUACUCCCCAGUAUCUCCAACAACAGAUGAAGUCAACUGGGCAAAAAUCAAGGUCUGCAGAUGUUGGACACUCGGGAAUUCCAAAGGGUAGAAGCCAAGAUGAUUCAGAAUUAGCAGAAAAUUUCCUGCACGACAUGUUGGAUAUGCAACGACAACAACAACACCAAAAUCAAGAAAUGUUUCAAAUGCAACAAUCAAGGGACUUUCAUUUACAACAUGUCCUGAAUCAACAUCAGCAAUCGGCUCUGUCGAUGACAUUACCCAAUGCUCAAGUCCCAACGUGUUUGGUGGUGAUCCUGUUGACUACUGCCAUUUUAUAAGAUCGUUUGAAACCCUCAUCGAAGCGAAGACGCCAUCUAGUAGUUCGAGGCUGUAUUACUUAGUCCAAUAUAUUUCUGGUGAUGUGCAGGAGCUUAUUUGGAGCUGUUUGUCCAUGAAUCCCGGAUGAAGGAUACCAAGUUGCAAGGAAACUCUUGAAGCAACGGUAUGGCCAAGCCUACAGAAUAGCCACAGCCUGUUUGGAUUGAGUCACAAAGGUACCACAAAUCAAGUCUGAAGAUGGAGAGGCGCUUCAAAGGUUCUCUGUAUUGCUUACGAGUUGCAAGUUCACCCUAAAGGAGAUUGGUUAUCUCAGCAAACUUGAUAAUCCGGACAGCUUGCAGAGUGUGAUCAGUAGACUACCCUAUUCGCUGAGGCAGAGAUGGCAUGACGUAGCAGAUGAUAUAACCAGCAAUAAGACGAGAGAGAUAACGUUCGAGGACAUAGAGAAAUUUGUAGAAGUGAAAGCCAGGGCUUUAACUCAUCCCAUCUUUGGCAAAAUUAACAGUGAUUCCAAGAACAAAUUAAUACAAGAUCCUAAGGGACCAAGAAGUAGAUACGCCUUUGGAGUGAAUAGUAGGGAGAAGAAUGUUCACCGUAACUUCGUGAAUACAGAGGCUACAGCAGGUUCAUUGGAAAUGAGAUCCUAUUACAAGAACUGUCCAAUGUGCAACGGUACCCACCUUUUAUCUCGAUGUGACGUGUUUAAGAGGGAAACCAUUGAAAACAGACUAAAGUUAGUGUGCAAAAAAGGCUUAUGCAACAAUUGCCUUUUCCAUGGUCAUAUUGCCAGAUCAUGCCCAAAAGAAAGCUUUUGCAAAGUGGCUGGUUGUCAAGCAAAACAUUCAACGUUUUUACAUGCAAGAAAUGUGGAUCGGCGCGAAGAGAAACCUCUCGAUGAACAGUCCACUGAAGCAAAUAGUAAAGAAGCAAAUCAGAAUGAAAUUACCAGUGCACAAAAUGGUUAUGUUAAUACGAAUGUUAGCAGGUGUGACGUCAUUGGGGCCGUCGUGGCUUCAACUGGUUUAGCGAUAGUACCCGUCAAAGUCAAGUGUAGAAAUUCUGAUAAGACGAUCCUGACGUAUGCUUUCUUGGACGCUGGAUCAAAUACGACGUUUUGUACAGACGAGUUGCUGAAACAACUUGGGGCAAAAGGAGAGAAAACUACCCUCUCGCUUACUACCAUACAACACGAGAACAGCCCAACCAAAUGUUGUGUAGUCAACCUUGAAGUAUUCAAUUUAGAAGAAAAUAACAUCGUCGAUCUUCCUUAUGUGUUUUCCACCUCGAAGUUGCCAGUUGAUGAAUCCAGUAUUCCCAAACAAGCAGACGUAGACAGAUGGUCACAUCUCAAGGAUAUCAAGAUAACAAGAAUUAAUGCUAGUAUUGGCCUCCUUAUUGGUAAUGAUGCACCAAGGGCGUUGGAGCCAAAAGAAUUUAAAGAAUGCGAAAGCAGUGGCCCAUACACUGUGAGAACGGAUUUCGGGUGGCCAAUUAACGGACUGCUUGGAAGGAAUUCACGAACAUGUCGCUCGACCAACUAUAUUCGAAGUGAUCACACGUUGAGUACGCAAUUUGAGAAGUUUUGUAAUGUUGAAUUCAAGGACUCUACAUUCGAUAGCAAGCUUGUAAUGUCUAUAGAGGAUUCUCGCGCAGUGAAUAUCAUGGAAAAUUCUAUCCGACUCCACAACGGACACUAUGAAAUAGCUUUACCUUGGAAAAACUCUCCCCCUCACCUACCAAACAGUCGGCCUCUUGCUGAACAUCACCUAGAGCUCUUAAAGAAAAGACUUGCGAAGGAUCCUGAUCUAUUUUCAAAGUAUGCUAAAUUCAUGGAUAAUCUCAUCGACAAGGGGUUUGCACGAAUGGUGCCAAUAAAUUCACUUCAGCAAUCGGACGGAAAGUUGUGGUACUUGCCUCAUCAUCCAGUUUUCAGUCAGAGCAAACCAGAUAAAAUUUGAGUCGUGUUUGAUUGCGCCGCUGUUUACCACGGGACGUCCCUCCACGACCAACUACUGCAAGGACCCGAUUUAACUAAUAAUCUUGUGGGAGUCUUGAUUCGCUUUCGACAAGAGCCUGUGGCUCUUAUGGCAGACAUUGAGUCAAUGUUUCAUCAAGUCAACAUACGUCAUGAAGACAGCGAUGCUCUUCGCUUCCUAUGGUGGCCAGAGAAUGAGCUUAAUUCCGAACCCAAAGAAUUUCAAAUGCUGGUCCAUUUAUUUGGGGCGACUUCCUCCCUGAGCUGUGCUAACUUCGCAUUGCUUAAAACCACAGAUGACAACUCCGAGCAUUUCGACGCAGUUAGACGCAAUUCAGGACACAGUUAGACGCAAUUCUUACGUGGAUGACUGCCUCAAGUCUGUUGGAGAUGACAGUCAAGCAACAGUUCUGGGCAGUGAUCUUCGUGAACUCCUUGCCAAAGGUGGAUUCCAUUUGACUAAGUGGGUGUCUAAUUCAUCAAAGGUUGUCGCGUCAUUACCCGAAUCGGAAAGAGCAACCUCAGUUAAAGAUCUCUGUUUUGACAAGCCAUCCAUUGAACAAGCUCUUGGGGUCCUCUGGGACAUCGGCCACAAUGAAUUUGGAUUCAGGAUCAAGGUUAAAGAUAACCCUCCAACCAGAAGAGGAAUCCUUUCGAUUAUUUGUCGGAAGAAUCUCGGCUGGGACAACCCUAUCCAAUAUGAGCACCUCCUUUGUUGGAAGAACUGGCAAGAAGAAGUUCCCAAAAUUGAACAAGUUCAUGUACCCCGAUGUUUCAAGCCUCCAGAGUUCGGUGAAAUUAUCUCAAGUCAGUUGCAUCAUUUUUCUGACGCUUCGCAACGGGGAUAUGGUGCUGUUAGCUAUCUGCGAUUAACAAACCAGAACGCUCAAAUCCACUGCUCAUUCGUGAUGGGUAAAGUAAGAUUAGCACCGCUGAAAGAGACCACGAUCCCUUGUUUGGAAUUAUCUGCAGCUGUAGUCGCAACAAGGCUGGACAAAAUGAUACAUGUGGAGAUUGACAUUCCAAUUGAUACAUCACUAUUCUGGACAGAUAGCACCUGUGUUAUAGGCUACAUUGCUAACAAGGACAAAAGAUUCCAGACGUUUGUCGCAAACCGUGUAGCUAGUAUUUGUGAAGUCAGUUCCCCAUCUCAGUGGAGAUAUGUUUCAACCCAGCUGAAUCCUGCAGACGACGCAUCACGAGGUCUUUCUGCUGAUGAAUUGAUUAGCAACACAAGAUGGUUGAGUGGUCUGGAUUUCUUGUGGAAGUCAGAAACUCAUUGGCCAACUCCACCAAAUGUGCUUGGUGAGAUCCCCGACGAAGAUAUGGAGGUUAAGAGAGAAGUUCAGACGUUCGCUACAGAUACCAUUGCCCACGAGUCUACGCCAGACUCAAUUUUGACUCAAUUUUGACUCAUACGUGAUAUGUGACGUGACCUAUACAGUCACACACGAAAGUGCCCUGCGAUUUUUCGCAUUUUUUGACCAACUAAAUCAAGAUAUUUCAGAAAAUACAAUCUACAGUGCUUAAUAAGUCAAUCGUCCGUUGGAUUUUAAAGUUUGUAUAAAGUUGUCGUUGUUUCUUCAUCGCCCAUUUCGUGUUUUUGUUGUUCAUUUUGUUCAUUUUGGUCAACAAUUAAUAUAAUUUGGUCGGUUGAUCGAUACGUGCGGAGUACAUCAUUAGUAUGCUGACGACGGCGCGAAAGUUUGAACGAUGGAGCGGUGCGUGUGCAUCUGCGCUAAUUAAUGGAAAGAAUUACAUACAUUUGACUUGGAAAUCACGAUGCGACAAUAUUUUCAACAGGAUAAAGGACGGAGUUAAGUGUUUUAUAACAAUAUUAACAAUUCUCUGGUUGUGUUCAAAAUUGAAACCUAAUUUUAUUCAAAUCAAAUCUACCUUAAACUGCGUCAUUGUUAAUCCAGAACUAGCAAUUUUUCCACAAAAGCUGUGUUAUAUUUGGAUUGCUACCUGUGACUUUAAACAGAGAAAAUUUGACUACCCGCUGAAUUAUCGCUAUGGAUUAAACCUACAAUAUGACCGAAAACCGUCUCACGUUUUCCUCCUUAUCUUGCUUGCUGGUGAUGUGGCUACAAAUCCAGUCUCAAGCCAUGCUAAAACCAACUACGGCUUAAAGGUACUAUAUCUAAAUGCACGUAGUCUAAAAGCAUUUGUGGCACUUGAUGAAAGCAAAACCAACGUUUGUAAGAUAACAUUAUUUCAACAACUGGUACAAUCUGGUAUAUAUGAUGUGGUUUGUGUGUGUGUGAAACUUGGCUAAAUAAUACCGUAUUGGACAGUGAACUUUUGCAGGACUACUGCAUCUUUCAAAGAGACAGAGUUGGACGAGUCGGAGGUGGUAUUCUCGUUGCUACAAAGUUGAACAUAAGAGCAACUCGCCGCUUAGAUCUCGAGAAGCAGGAUACUGAAUUUGUGGUGAUAGAAUUGAUUAAACCCAACAAAAAGUCAGUCUUACUAUAUACCUUCUAUCGUCCUCCUGACUCAACAACGGCGGAACCCCUUCAACAUCUUAACACAUCCCUCCAAAACACCAGUGAGUGCAGUUGUUGUGUUGUAGUUGGUGAUUUUAAUCUCCCAGCGAUAGAUUGGUCUACUGACAGCACAGCUCCAAUUAACAAAGGAGAACAAGCGAUUGGUGAUGUCUUUUGCAACCUUGUUGGGGACAACUUCCUAACCCAAUUCAUAGAAAGUCCUACACAUAAAGCUGGGAACACACUCGAUCUACUUUUAUGUAAUUGUCCAGAAGUCAUUGAUGAGGUCAAUAUCAGAAGUCCUGAGCAAUGUUAUUUCCCAACAGAUCACCAAAUUAUUGACUUUAGUAUCAGACUGAACUUUCAACGAACCAAGUCGGCAGUGCGUCAGAUUUACAACUUCAAGGAAGCCGAUUUUGAAGGUCUCAAUAAUACGCUGAGUCAGAUAACAUUUGAUGUUAACACUACCAACGAUAUCGAUAAACUUUGGUCUUGCUGGAAAAAGUCGUUCCUUGAUGCAGUAAAUAACCACAUCCCAACCAAAACAAUAAAGGAUAGCAACUCUCUUCCUUGGGUAGAUAAAGAAGUUCGUCAUCUCAUUCGAAAGAAAUACUCAGCAUUAAAAAGAUACCGCCAAAACAAGUGUGAAACGAGAAAACAAAAGCUAAGAAGCUUAAGUGACGCCGUCAAGUCGCUGGUUAAAAAGAAGCAUUGGGAAUAUCUAAGGAAAAUCUAAACAUCAUUUGCAACUAAUCCAAAACUUUUCUGGACUUACCACAAAGCAAUUUUGCAUAGCAGAUCAAAACAGACUUCUGACAUUGUCUUCAACAGCAUUACAGCAAAGUCUUCUGCAGAAAAAGCCGAGCUUCUGAAUUCUUACUUCUCCUCAGUAUUUACAACAUCCAGUACUGACAUUGGGGAUUGUGAUGGUGAGGCGUCUGAAACUGAGUUGGGAUUGGGUGAAUUAACAGUUGAUGUGGUUGAAGUGGAAAAUUACCUCAGAAAUUUAGACAUCACCAAAGCGAGUGGCCCUGACAAGAUACCAGCACGUCUACUAAAAGAAUGUGGUCGGCACAUUGCGCCUAGUAUCUGUGAAUUAUUUAACGUAUCCUUGCGUGUUGGACGACUUCCGGUAGAGUGGAAAUCAGCGAACGUGACACCAGUUCACAAGAAACAUCUGAAAGAACCAGCGGAGAACUACCGACCGAUAUCCCUUUUGCCUAUCAUUGCAAAACUAUUGGAACGUUGCGUAUGUAGGCGACUAUACGAACACGUAAUUAGCGCUAUCUCCUUAGGACAACACGGUUUCCUACGCAAUCGAUCAUGCACUACACAACUGCUGCAAGUUUUACAUAAGAUUGGAGAAAACCUUGACAGUAAUAUUCAAACAGACAUUGUCUACUUGGAUUUUGCCAAAGCUUUUGACUCUGUCGAUCACGGUUUAAUCUUGGCAAAACUCAGGCAAUUCGGUGUACAUUCAAACAUGCUAAAUUGGUUCACUAACUACUUAACUGGUCGGACCCAAAGAGUUGUCGUUGAUGGUGUUGCUUCAGGUUGGUCCUCAGUAACAUCUGGUGUACCACAAGGUAGCAUACUUGGUCCAAUGUUGUUUGUAUUAUUCAUCAAUGAUUUACCCGACAUCAUUCCCGAUAUAUCAGAAACUGCUUUGUACGCUGACGACACAAAAACAUUCAGGAAAAUUACUUGCGAAGAUGAUGCUCGCCAAUUACAACAAACCCUGACAAACCUAGCCACCUGGAGCAAUACCAACAAUAUGAGGUUCAACGAGUUAAAAUGUAAAGUGUUGACU